UGCAUUUUUGAUCACAUAUCGCAUAGUGAUCUGUCAAAGUAUAUAAAACCAAUUACAACUUCAAAGUGGAAAAAUAUUUGUCAAUUAUUAAAAAAAAUGACUUGCUAGACGUCAAAUAUACACGGUUUAUGCAAACUUAUGUGGUAAUAUACGACCGUAAUGCCGUUGUUCGACCUCAGACGAAAUGGAUUAUUUGGGUGAAAUUAUAGCGAUCGGCGUAGAUGCUGCAAUCUUAAUCUUGUGCUUGAGACAAUACUAUCGACAGGAAAAUACCAUUGACAGUAUACAGGCUGCACCGACAUUUGAAAUAUCUACUAGCUUACAAGAUGCAGUCAAAAAUAGUCCAGAAUCAAGAAUACCUUAUGUUGUGCUUAGAGGUACUGUAAAAUGUAUGGGAGCUCCAUUAACAAGCAAAAAUAGUCCAAAUAUUUCUGGGGCAGUGCAAAGAGUGACAAUUAGCGAACAUAUUGUGACACGAGCUUCAGCAGGGUUUUGGUCUGAGCAGACAAGACCAUUACAUGUUUCACAAAAUGUAGCUCCAUUUUCAUUGUUCAAAGAUAAUUUUGAAGUUGAAGUCGAAGAUGCAUUGUCUGCUGAACUUUUAGAUAUGGAUAUAAUUUGGGACAAUUAUGAACCUAGUCAACUUGGAAUGAUAGAUCAUAUUUGGGGUUUCUUUUCUGGAGUUCGACAGAAAGGACUCCAAAGCACUGAGGAAAUGCUACGAGAGGGUGCCCUAAUAACAGGUAUUGGAGAGUUAUCAACAUGUGAUGGGAGUUUGAAACUGCAAUUACCAAAAUCUGGACAACCUCUGUUUCUAACAACAAUGACGAAAAGUGGACUAGUUUUUAAACUGACUGCUGGGCAAAAUAAUAUCAGAAUGAUCUGUGUAUUCUUAGGAGUUAUAGGUGUUGUGUUAUGUAGCUUACUAGCUAGAAAAUUUUUGGAGAAAAAAGAAAAAGAACGUAAGGAUUUGAGGCUUAAAGAUCGCUUAGAAAAAACUAGGCGAGAACGAAGAGUAGCUGCGAGAGAUAAAAAUUUAUCUGGAGAUCAAUUAUGUAUAGUUUGUGUACACAAUCCUAAAGAGAUUAUUUUACUUCCCUGUGGACAUGUUUGCUUGUGCGAAGAUUGUUCUACACAAAUCACCGAUGCUUGCCCUGUGUGUCGUGAGGCAAUUGAACAAAAAGCAGCUGCAUAUAUAUCGUAA